GUAGUGGAUGGGAAGGAGCAGUUGUUUGUGUCGGGGAGAGAUGUUGCACGGCAGAUUAUUUAGGGCUUAUGUAGGCCUAUGUAGGCACUGUAGGCCUCAGAGGGCCUACCAUAAUGACACUGCCAACAUUGUUGGAUCUACACCUGAUAAAACAUCCCCGGAAUUCCAGGAAAAUGAAUCUCGCCUGAAAGCAUUAGUGGAUGAACUACGUGGGCGGAUUGGCACCAUUACUCUUGGGGGUGGAGAAAAGGCUAUUCAACGACAUAAGAGCAAAGGCAAGCUUUUAGUUCGAGAACGCAUCAGUCAGCUGAUUGACCCAGGCACUCCAUUUCUUGAAAUGUCACAGUUGGCAGGAUACCAGCUCUAUGGCAAGGAGGAUGUUCCAGCAGGUGGCAUCAUUACAGGGAUUGGCAAGGUUUCAGGUGUGGAAUGUAUGAUAGUGGGAAAUGACGCGACUGUGAAGGGAGGGAGCUAUUACCCCAUCACUGUCAAGAAACACUUGAGGGCACAAGAAAUUGCUCAGGAAAACAACCUACCUUGUUUGUACCUGGUAGACUCCGGUGGUGCCAACCUUCCACGUCAAGCUGAUGUCUUUCCUGAUCGGGAUCAUUUUGGCCGCAUUUUCUUCAAUCAAGCCAACAUGUCAUCUCUUGGCAUAGCACAGAUUGCUGUUGUUCUAGGCUCUUGUACUGCUGGAGGUGCCUAUGUACCAGCCAUGGCUGAUGAAUCCAUCAUUGUGAGAAAACAAGGAACCAUUUUUCUAGCUGGGCCACCACUUGUCAAGGCUGCCACUGGAGAGGAAAUAUCAUCAGAAGAUCUGGGAGGAGCUGAUUUACAUUGUGGAAAAUCUGGUGUUACUGAUCAUUACGCUCUGGAUGACACACACGCCCUUCACUUAGCGAGGAGAAUUGUACGCACUCUCAACCGCACAAAAGUUCCUCAAACUUCUAUUAGAGAAGUUAGAGAACCUGUGUUUGAUGCUCAUGACCUCUAUGGUAUUGUUGGUGACAACCUCAAGAAAACUUAUGAUGUAAGGGAGGUGAUUGCUCGAAUUGUUGACGGAUCAGAAUUUGACGAAUUUAAGGCACGUUAUGGAGAGACACUGGUAUGUGGAUUUGGCCGCCUGUAUGGCUAUCCUGUUGGCAUUAUCGGCAACAAUGGUGUGCUCUUCUCAGAGUCUGCAGUUAAAGGAACACACUUCAUUGAACUUUGCUGCCAGCGGAGGAUACCUCUGAUUUUCUUACAGAACAUUACUGGUUUUAUGGUUGGCCGUGAUGCAGAGGCUGGCGGGAUUGCUAAGAAUGGAGCUAAGAUGGUAACAGCUGUGGCUUGUGCGAAGGUUCCUAAAUUUACUGUUGUAAUUGGGGGCUCUUACGGUGCUGGCAACUAUGGCAUGUGUGGUAGAGCUUACGGGCCCAGGUUUUUAUACAUGUGGCCAAAUAGUCGCAUUAGUGUAAUGGGUGGUGAGCAGGCAGCUGGAGUGCUGGCACAGAUCACAAAGGAGCAGAGACGUAGAGAAGGUAAAGAGUGGACAGAGGAAGAGGAGCAAGCUCUUAAGGCUCCUAUUAUUAAGCGUUUUGAGGUGGAGGGAUCACCAUACUUUUCUAGUGCAAGGUUAUGGGAUGACGGUGUAAUCGACCCGGUGGAUACCCGACACGUUCUUGGCCUGUCACUUUCAGCAGCUCUUAAUGCUCCUAUUCCCAAAACAACGUUCGGCAUCUUUAGAAUGUAACUGAUGUAUUACAUUCUUUAUUUCUGGCAGCUUUAUGCUUGCCCAAAUCUGGGUUUCAGACAGUGUAAAUAUGUAUAUCAUAAGGUGUUUUGUACAAAAAAAAAAGCGAAAAAAUUUUGUCAUGCUCAUGCAAUUAUAGAGUAUAUUUACAGUGAUUCAACAUUAAACUCUGAUAGUACAAUUAUGAUUUCAGGAGAAAUGAAGUCUAUAAUUGCUGUUAUCACUUGCAGUAUUUUAUUUGCAUUUUUUUUUUUUUACACACACUGGCCGUCUCCUAAUGAGACAGGGUACUUAUCAUCAGAAAUUACCCACACUUCAUAAUUUUGUGCAACUGUAAAUACCUUGCUUCAAGCAAUAAAUUCAUUGUUUUUACAAACAGCAAAGAGUGUAAUUGUGAAUAUUAUUAUUUUAUGUUUAAUACUCUACUUAAAUUUUUAUUUCAAAAUUUUGGUUGAAUCGUAUUCAUAUGUAUCCAGUAAGUAAUUCCUGUACCUAACUGGUCCUCGCUCUAGGACCCCUAUAGGUUUAGCACUUCCCCUUGAUUAUAAUAAUAAUGAAUGAGUGAUGGUGAAUAUUUCCCUUUUUGAGUCACCCUACCUUAGUUGGGGAGAGAGAGAGAGAGAGAGAGAAUCUUGAGUUGCAUCCCAAUGGUGCCGAGAUGUUCGACUUUCUUGUAACAGCGUGUAUUGUACAGAGAAUAAUCAAAACUACUGGACCUUUUAUGUUGUGGCGUAAAUGUUGUAGUUCGGUGGGUCGUCAGUGGCUCUUUGUGCACCUUCAGAAAGACAGCUAGAAAGCAAGUAAAUUUUUCUGUGCUUUCUUCCUUACCCAUGCCUCUUUGGGUAGAUUCUAAUAUAUUAACAAAGUAAUCAUUGCAUACAGGUAAAUUUUGCUAAACUUCAUUUUCCAAUUCUAAAUUACAUUAAAAAGUUAUGUUAUUUAAGAUAUAUUAAGCUGGUUAAUAUAUUUAAAUUAUCAGAUUAAGCUGUACUAGAUUAUGGUAUUUUAGUUUGUGACUCAUAUUGAAAAAAUGCUGUAUUUGCUAAGUGUAAAUUAAAUUCUGAAUAGCUCACAGGAAGAACAGGACUGGAACCCAUGUCAAGCCAGUCCUAGAACUAGCAGGCCAGUGCUCUACCACCAGGGGUAUACAUAAUUUUGAUGUACCUUUGAUGAGUUUUCAGAGUUUUUCUAUUCCCAGAGCUUGACCAUGGACCAGGCUUGUCUGUUGCUUGCCUGGUUAACCAGGCUGUUGCUGCUGACUCCAGAUGUUUUAUAGUGUAAUAAUGGUAGAAUUACUGACAAUAUGUUAGGUAAGAAGACUCAAGUGCAACGAGCACAACGUUUUAUUGUGGCAACGUUUUGCUUUCUAAGAGCUUUGCUAUUACGGCUCGAGAGCAAAAUGUUGCCACCAUAAAAUGUUACAUUAGUUGGACUUUUGUCCUUUUAGCAGACUCUUGAAGCAUUAUUAUUGUUGUUAUUAUUAUCAUUAUUAUUAUUAUUAUGAAAGACUUUUUGGGGGGCUUUGGCAUCAUCAUUGUGUCACUCUGGGUAACCACUGUACCAUGCUGGCCAUGGGUUUGAAUCCUGUCUGUUGUGCGAGUUGUUUAUAAUCAUGCUAAUAAUUUAAGAGCCAUAAAUUAUGAAUCUUGGCUAUUAAGAGUUAUCAAUUCUCAAAUUACAUCUAGUCAGUGAAGAUUUAAUAUAGUAUAAUGUCAAUAUGUGUACCAAUUAAUAAAAAUAUGUACAAUACUGUACAGAAUUGUACAUAAAAACUGGUCAGGGGCUCUUAAUCCAGAGAAUUGGAGCUAUCCUUACAUUUUUUGGAUCACGUCUUAUUGCCUCUGUUGUAACCUCAAUGGGUUUAGUGCUUUCCCCAUUCAUAUAAUAUCACAGCGUGAAUAACAAUUUUUAUUUCGUUCAACAUUAGUAUUUAGGCCAAGUUAUUUUGUCAUUAACUGUGAUUUAGAAAAAUAUAUAUAUGAUGAUAAAGGUUGUAAAUUAUGGAUAGAAACUUUUAAAAAUAUUAUCAUUAUUUUUGUAGGUAUGAGUUGAUCUUGUAAAUAAAUUGUCAUAAACCUUCCAGAGUUUGUC